GCAGUGCAGAGCCGAAUCAGGACUGAAGCGGAUUUGUGGACCGGGUGGAUUAGAGGCUGAGAAACAGCAGCUAGCUGCUGCUUUAACACUUUAUCUGGUUAAAAUCUGGAUCCAUCAAACCGCCUCUAACCUGUUUAUUCAAGAAAACCUCGCGCCGCUUCGUGAUAAAAACGAAGAGGACGUCAGGGUCAGCGAGACGCGGCAACACGUUUCCAUGACAACGGCGAGGGGCGUUUCCUGACCAAGACAACAUUAAACACAGAGGGCUCAGCAGAGCAGGAGUUCCCGUCAGACGUCCCUGUGUGAAUAAAGUUGAAUUCCAGUGUCACCAUGUCUGAGUCGAGCGGUGAUGGCGGGAAGUGGCUGGACGCUCACUACGACCCGGUGGCGGGUCUGUACACCUUCUCGUCCUGCGUGGACCUGGCGGACCUGAGCGGGGACGGGGAGAGCCGGCUGGUGGUGGGGGACCUGGGCUCGGGCUCAGCCGGUAUGAAGCUGAAGGUGUACCGGGGCACGGCGCUGAUGAGCGAGAGCACCCUGCUGGACCUGCCCGCCGGCCUUGUCGCUUUCUUCAUGGACCUGCACGAGCCGCGCAUCCCCGCCGUCGCCGUGGCCUCUGGACCCUGCGUCUAUGUCUACAAGAACCUGAGACCGUACUUCAAGUUCACCCUGCCCGGUCUGGAGGUCAACUCACUGGAGCAGGACGUGUGGCAUCAGGUGAGGGAGGGUCAGAUCGACCCUCUGACCCUGAAGGAGAUGUUGGAGGGCAUCAGGAAGAAGGCCGACGUCCCGCUGUCCGUCUGCUCGCUCAGGUUCCUCUCUCUGGAGACCAGCGACAUGGACGAGUUCGUCCAGCUGCACAAACAGCAGCCAAUCAGGCGGCAGACGGUCAUCACCUGCAUCGGGACUCUGAAGAAGAGCACGGCCGAUGAAGACGGUGUCAGCUGUUUGGUGAUCGGUACGGAGAGCAGCGACGUCUACGUCCUCGACCCCGAGGCUUUUAUCAUCCUCUCCAAGAUGUCGCUGCCGGCUGCCCCCACCAUGAUGGAUGUGACGGGUCAGUUCGACGUGGAGUUUCGCAUCACGGUGGCCUGUCGCAACGGAAACAUCUACAUCCUGCGCAGGGAGUCGGACAAACCGAAGUACUGCAUCGAGCUGUCGUCUCACCCGGUGGGUCUGGUGAGAGUCGGGAAGAACGUGGUGGUCGGCUGCAGCGACGAGAGUCUGCAGGGCUUCACACAGAAGGGGAGGAAGCUGUGGAGGACCGUCCUCCCUGCUCCCAUCACCACCGUGGCCGCCAUGGACCUCCCCACCCGGGGCUUCCAGGCGGUUCUGGUGGGCCUGUCUAACUGUGAGGUCCACCUGUACCGGGACAAGAACCUGCUGAGCACCAUCAAGACGCCCGACGUGGUCACCAGCAUCUGCUUCGGCCGGUACGGACGCGAGGACGGGACCCUCAUCAUGACCACCAAGGGAGGUGGCCUGAUGGUGAAGAUCCUGAAAAGGACAGCGGUGUUCGAUGACAGGGACAGCGCCCCCGGGCCGCCGCUGGCCCAGAGCAUCCGCCUCAACGUGCCCAAGAAGACCAAGCUGUACGUGGACCAAACGCUGAGGGAGCGGGAGAGCGGCCUGGCCAUGCACCGCGCCUUCCAGAUGGACCUGAGCCGCUUGCGACUGGCCGCCGCCAAAGCCUACGUCAAGGCCCUGGAGUCAAGCCUGACGCCGAUGUCCUCCAGCCUCACCGAGCCGCUCAAGAUGAACGCCGUGGUCCAGGGUUUGGGUCCGUCCUUCAAACUGACCCUGAACGUCCAGAACACAGCAGCCUGUCGGCCCGUCAUGAACCUGGCCAUCAGCUUCCUGUACGACGAGAGCCUCUACCGGAUGAGGAACCCAUACAUGAGGAUCCCCCUGCUGGUCCCCGGACUCAUCUACCCCGUCGAGACCUUCGUGGAGUGCACCAGCGACAAGGGCAUCUCUGACAUCAUCAAGGUAUUCGUCCUGCACGAGGGGAAGAGCUCCCCGCUGCUGACGGCCCACAUCAACAUGCCGGUAAGCGAGGGACUGAUGCUGAACUGACAACAUGACGCUUCAGCUUUAUUCAUUAGAAACGCAAACAUCAGAGGCGCUGCGUCUUCAGCUUCUUGUGUUUAGACAAGACUUAACAUCUCUCAUCUCAAAGUAUCAAAAAAAGGUAUCAACAGUUUAAAAAAGUACCCAGGUGACUCUUUGUCACAUGAUCAUGUUUAACGGACCAGUGGACGGAAGCAAAGAAGUAAAGAUUCGAAUCUUAUAAGAAACUGAAUACUUGUUAUACUAAUACUUAUAAUACUAAUUUAAAUGCCACUAAAUUUAUUCAAUUAAAAUAUUUCAUUUUGAUAACAAUCUAAAUGUAUGUGGUUUGUAUUGAGCAUGAUCAAUAUCAAAUAAAUUAAAGUACCUUCUUGUAUUUUUUUAUUAUCUAUAAUUCUAUUUUAAUUCAUAUGAGGCUCCACAGGUUUAGUUGUCUCUUUUCCAGUUGGUAAGUUUUUAAUAUAAAUCCAGAUAUAAAAUUCAAAUUUUCAAUAUUUGAUAAAACUGUUAACUUCUUAUAUUCAAAUUGCUCAAUUUCAGUUUGUUGAUUUAAAAAAAAUUAAAAAAAAAGAAAAGAAAAGAGAAAAAAAAGAAAAAACAAUUUGUUCAAACUGGAUCAGAAAAAAAAUCAAGACACCAAAAUUCAAAAUGAAAAAUUCAAAUUUGAACUAUUUUAAGUUCAGAUCUCUGUCCUAUCAGGUUACGCUCUGUCAGUCACAUGAUGCAAACAAAACGUUGACCUGAAAACAAUUCGGAAAACUUUAUUUGCCCUCUGGAAAUUACGAAGAGGAGAAUUCAGCCCACAUAAAUUCAGAAAGAUGGUUUUCAAAGUUAAAUACUGAUAUUAAAAUAUCAACUUUAAGUGUUCAGAGGCGGUUACAUUUCACCGUUAGGUAUUCAGUUACUCAUAAAAAAAAUAAAAAUAAAAAAAAUUCAAAUUAUUUUCGCCUUUCUUUGCUUCCGUACCAGUGUGACAAGAAAACCAUUUGGUUUAGCACAUUUAGCAGAUGUUCUGCUCUGUAAUGUUGUGAGUUUAUAUAGAUUUGUUUGUUUGUUGUUCAUGUUUAAGUUCAACGUUUUAGUUUGUCGUUUAUGUUUGUUGUUCAUGUGCAAAACAGUAGUGAUACGGAGAACCGGUGAUGGCGUAAACUGCAGAUUCAUCAACAUGUUGUUUGAGCUCUCAGGGAUAAAAAUCGCUGCAAACAAAAGACUUUCGGUUUUGUUCAUGAGGGUUUGAAAUAUUAACAGGACACGUGUUCCUAAAAUUCUGU